GAGCUACGGAUGAAACCACUCAGCAAGUAUUUUUCGGAUACUCUUAGCGCAUUUCCAGGCUUGGAAGCGCAUCAGUUUUUCCAGAUCCAUGGUCUCCGCAAAAACAGUGUACAUACGAAGCCAAUCGUUGAAUUGCGAAUCUCAUCGGAUGUGUCUUUUGAUGUUGUGCCGUCGCUCAUUUUUUCAACAUACUCGCUUUAUACAAGAUGUGUGGAUCAAAAACAUACUCUGUACAUAAUCAUUGAUGCUCGCCAAUGUUCCGAUGAAUGCCUUUAUCGUUUUCUUGAAGCAGUUCGACCCGCAGCAUCAUGGCUUGAUGGCACAAUUGAUUGCAUCUUAUGGGUUGUUGGCUCAUCUCUACAAAUUCUCGAAACAGCCAUCACGACAGAUCUCAUUUUAUCACGAGUUAGGAAUAUCGUAACGGAUAUCGAAGGUAUUGCGGGGCAUGUUGAAACGAGCAAUUUCUCCACGAAUUUAAAUGGCUUGAUUGAUCCCUCAGUUACGCAGCAUUUUUUCCACUUGCGAUUCUGUUUGGAGGAAUUACUGAAAAGGACACAUCGAACGGCAAAGCUGUACAUGCAGUUACAUGAAAAUAUGAAGCGGUUCAAAGCUCCCUACGAUCUCAAAACCAUCGAUAUUUCUUCAUUGCGAAUGCAAACCGAUGAAUUGGACAAGCAAUGGGCUGGUGUAAAGGAUGAGGCAGAUGUGGUGUUUUUGCGACACCGGGGCAAAAUAUUAUGCGAUGAGCUACAGACGCAAUAUCCUGUUCUUGAGCAUCUCGAUCCGUUUCUUUACUCCGAUGCAGUGAAGCGUGCGGUAUCAGGUUUCGAGGAGGUGAGUAUGGUCAUGCAGAAGAGUAACUCGAGUUUCGCCAAACGACUGAAAUCACUGCGCUGCGCCCUAGAAGCAGUCGAAUUUCUGAAUUACGUCCCCGAAGUUGGCGAUGGAAACAAUAGAUUGACGUCGCAGAUGAAGCAAGUGGAAGCUAAGGCAGCUGAAAUAAUAAAGCAUAUGGAAGAGGCUGGUGGUCGUUUGGAAGCUGUUACACAUUUGCUGGAAGAGGGGUCAAUUGCGGAUGCGGACCGACAGUCCAUCAGUGAGGCGCUCGAUACGUUUCGAUCAUUUCUGACAAACUCUGAACAGCACAUCACUGAUGUGCGUCGAAUUGUCCAGGCAGCGCUCGAUUCGCGAAUUCUUAUUGAUCAGAUUUGCUGA